AUGUCAUUUGAACCAAGUAGGAUAGUGAAUUAUAAAUAGGUAGAGUUUAUCAUUGACGAACUUAAAUGUAAAGUCUGCGAUUGCAUUUUAGAAUGCCCAGUGAAUUGCAAAGAGUGUCAAAAUCAUUUUUGUUGGAAAUGCAUUAGAGAAUGGUUAGAAACGCCUGGAUCAAAUAGAAAAUGUCCCAGUUGUAGAGCUAUUUGGAAAGAGAGAGAAGGAAGUUUGUUAAUGAAAACGUUGCUUAGAAAACUUAAUUUUUAUUGCUAAUACAAAGAAAAGGGAUGUGAAAAAAUAUUAAAUUAUGAUGAUUUAGCUCAACAUGAAAUGAGAACUUGUGAUUAUGCUGAAAGGUUUUGCCCUUUUGGAUGUAAGAAAAAAAUUAUGUCUAAAGAUCUUUAAUAGCACAAAGAUGAAUGCUUAUCGCAUGAAAAAUAUGAGCUUAAAAUGCGUAAUAGACAGUCAAGUGGAGCUAGAGAAAAGAGCUUUUCAAUAUCAUCUAAUCCUGAUUUUAACCCUUUUUCAAAUUUAAAGUAGUUAAGAUAGCUUGGGUUCAGUUGGGAAACUCAUUUCAACAUGGAUAAUUGCAAAAAUGGUCUAGUAGAAUUUACAGGAAUGGGUUGGAAAAAAUUAACGAAUUUUGUCUAAGGCCUAAGUGGGUUAGCACCAGAUGAGUAAUUUAAUAGAUUAAAAGGUAAAGGAGAUUUUGAAUAAUAUGGUAUUUUGGGAUGGACGUAUGCAUUAGAAGUUGAAACACUAAAAUAGAAACUUGAAAAAUGCUUUUUAUGCUCUAAGAAACUAAAUGAAGUUGUGUAGCUAUUUAAGUAAAGAAUAGACUAUUUGAUAUUAUUUGAGUAAGAAGAGCUUGAAGAGUUUAGUGAUGAAGAAGUAGAAAGUUAAGCUGAUUACAAUUAUAUGGUGUUAAAUUAAAUGAUAGGUUCUCUAGUUACAUAAAAUAGCAGUAGCAAAAGAAACUAGAAGAAAUUACAUGAUGAUGAGUUUUUGUAGGAUAAUUUAUCUAUAAUUAGAGAAACAGGUCAUUUAAUUUUUUCUAACAUAGUUUUUUUAUAAUUAAAUAUAUUCAAAAUAGGUAGGUUUUGGGUUGAUCAUCUAAUUAAUUGUUAAAAUAAGUAAGUUAGAAUCGAUAUCACUGGAUGGGAAUUUUUAGAAGAUUUUGCUCUUGGGUUAAAAGGUACUGCUAGUGAAAAAUGGUUUUUGGAUCUUACAAACGAAAAUGAUAAUAUGAUUUGUUGGAGAGAAAUUCUUCUCAGUGAAGAUAUAGAAGAAGAACUUAGCAAGUGCAAACUAUGUAUUUAAACAAGGGAUAAAAUUGUAAUAUUGUUCAAGACCAGGAUAGAUCGUCUUCUCUCACUUGAGCAUUAAAUGCCUAAAUGCGAUGAAAUUAUAGAAAAGUAUUGA